AUGGCCAGUGAGGACGGCAUUUACAGCGGACUGAACAAGAGCGCGAGCGCAGAUAGUCACGUGCUACUGCAGGGCUCGGCAGCAGAAGAAGAAAGGGAGGCUGGACCGACCAGCAACUACAAUUUCUCCAUUGUUCAUCGCCUAACCUCCGCAGUGAACGAGCGGGCCGCUCUGGUGUUUCUGCUCACGGGCACGGUUACUGUACAGGGCUAUGCUGGCUGCAAUUACGAACUGCGGGUGAGUUGA